CUCGUCAGAAAACAAUUACAGCCACGAGGCUCUGCAUAGACUAACCUUCCUGGAUCACCUUCCGCCGUCUCUUUGCCUCCGGUGCUUCCUCCAGCAGGACUUGAUCACGACCCGUCUGGAAUUCAUCUUCGGAGUCGUCAAACCUCUCCUCGAUGUUGAAUUUCGUACGUGCUGGGGCGGACUCUUUCCUGGCCGCAGGGCGACCACCCGCCUUUCUUUUGCCCAUGACUGACUUCUUGGAUGGACAAAAAGAGAUUGAUCUACUCUGUAGUCCAGACCAAAUCUGCGGAAUCGAUAAACCUCCGCGAUAAAAUUUUGGGCGGGAUGCUUACCGCCUUGAAGACACUAGUCUCCUGUGGGCAACGUUUGCAGUGUUUGACCGGCGAUACAGAUUGUUACAGGCGGAAUGCCACCAAAUCGGAAGGCCCCCACUGUAUCCAUUGCUUGAUGUACGGAAGCUCCGACCUGAAGGCUUUCAAACCAUCUUGAUGAUCGGCAACCGAACUUCGACUGAAGAGGAAGCAGCAGGCCCAAUUGACCUUCCUUAACGGACUAACUUUGUUCUCUGGCCAAGUCGUUCACCUUAUAUCCGUGGAAUCCUCAUCCUCGUCUUCUUUUCCCCAUGCAUCAAGUACUCUCCUUCAUCCCUAACGACCUAUCUCCCACCCAAUUGGGGGUUUCCGUCAUUCUUUGCGGGUUCUUCCUAUAUACAGUUACCAAGAUGCUUCCCAAGAUGUUGGGUUUCGGAUCUCAACAGAACGAGUUCGUCGUGGAGGGCAGGACCGUGGUGAUUACGGGUGGCUCCGAAGGUAUGGGCAAGGCUGUAGCUUGUCAGCUUGCCGCAAAGGGUGCAAACGUUGUCCUCGUUUCGCGAACAGUCCAGAAACUUCAAGAUGCGCUUGAUGAGGUUAAGGCGUCGGCUGCGAAUUUGAACAGGCAAAAGUUCCAUUACAUCAGUGCCGACCUUACGAACGCCGCGCAAUGCGAGCAGAUCAUUGAAGAGGUCACUGAGUGGAAUUAUGGGCUUCCCCCUGACGUCGUGUGGUGCUGCGCAGGCUACUGUAACCCUGGGUUCUUUGUCGACACUCCAGUCCAAACGCUCAGAGAUCAGAUGGAUACGGUCUAUUGGACUGCGGCGAACACCGCCCAUGCGACACUCAGAAAGUGGCUUGUACCUGUCCCCCCAAGCGAACAGACGACAAACCCACGAAGACAUCUUAUUUUUACAUGUUCCACACUGGCUUUUGUACCGAUCGCCGGGUACGGGCCUUAUUCUCCUGCCAAGGCGGCGAUUCGUUCUUUAUCCGACACCCUCAAUCAGGAGAUUGAAAUGUAUAACGGUACUCGCCAAUCAAAAUCGCAGAUCAAUGCUACUUCUGCCGACGUCAAGGUUCACACGGUUUUCCCGAUGGGAAUUCUGAGCCCCGGUUUCGACAACGAACAGAAGCUCAAGCCUGAGUUGACAAAACAAUUGGAGGCGGCUGACAAGCCACAAACUCCUGGCGAAGUCGCGAGAAUCGCGAUUGCAGCACUGGAAAGAGGUGAAUACCUUAUUACUACCAUGUUUGUUGGGCAUGUAAUGAAGGGAAGCGCCAUGGGAGGCAGCCCAAGGAACUCUACUGUCCGCGACACAUUGACCAGCUGGCUCAGCAGCUUGGCAUUCUUGCAGGUGAUUCCUGAUCUCCGAAAGCAGGCCUGGAACUGGGGUAUGAAGAACGGUAUCCCGUCGUCCCGAACGUCAGAGUAAGGCGCGGUAUUGGGAGAGGAGAUGACAUGUUAUGUUGUGCGGUGUAUGAUUAGAUACCCAUGAGCAUCCUUACGCAGCCU